GACGGUUAUAAAUCUUAACCUCUAAAACAUGAGUGUUCAUACUGUUCAUUCAUAUUAUAUCGUUGUUAUCUGAGUAUUCUCUACAUUGAAUAUAAGCUCAUGAUGCAAGUUAUUCAACUUUUAAUUUACUUAAAUAUUCAGCUUUUAGUUAUCAUCCAUUAAUUUCCUAGUUCGUCAAUUUUUUUUCAAUAAUAAAAAGAAGCUUUAACAAUCUGUGAUAGGAACCAUGACUGCUACUUCUUUAAUGAAGCCUGCUACUAGAAGAUUAACAGUCUUGGCAAGAAUUUUGAGUCAGCCUUUAAUUAAAAGUAGAAGAGUUUGCAACUGUGAUCUUUCCUGCGUUAGGAAUUUUUCCUCAGGUACUGAAGAUGUUACGAUUGGCGAGGUGACAAAGAAGACUACAACACCAGCUUUUCCGGAAUAUGUUCCUCAAAAAUAUUUGACGAGAACAGCUGAAGGCCACCUAAACCUAGAUCAAGAAACCCUUCACCACCUGAGAUGGAUGCUGCAAAAGGACCUGUUAGGACAGGAUAUGUUCCUGAUAGGACGUCCAGGGCCAUUGAAACGGCGUCUCGCUUUGCAAUAUCUACAGCUGACAAGAAGAGAGUUCGAAUUUGUUGCAUUGUCACGUGACACAACUGAGUCCGAUUUGAAGCAGAGGCGGGAAAUCAUGGCGGCAACCGCCAAAUACAUCGAUCAGGGCGCUGUUAGAGCAGCCGUGAAUGGCCGUGUGUUAAUCUUGGAAGGAAUCGAGAAAGCUGAGAGAAAUGUGUUACCAGUUCUCAACAAUCUCCUCGAAAAUCGCGAAAUGCAUCUCGAAGAUGGCCGAUUUCUGGUGCCAGCCUCACGUUACGAUAAGUUGCUCCAGGAGCAUGGACAAGAAGAGCUAGAUCGUUGGCAGUUAGUUCGGGCCAGUGAUGAGUUCAGAGUGAUCGCUUUGGGUUUGCCCGUUCCCAAUUAUCACGGAAACCCCUUGGACCCUCCUUUGCGUUCCCGCUUCCAAGCUAGGGAUGUUCCGUCACCCACUUACAAGGACUCAGAACGUAUGCUUAGAUCAUUGUAUCCUGCCUUGGAUGACUACAGACUGACUGCUCUACUCAACUGCAGCUACGCUCUCCUUUCUACUGAGUCAGCAUCUUUAGGACUUCCUGAAUUCCCGUUGGACAAACUGACAGCCGCUGCUAAAUUACUGAAUGAUUUCCCAUGGAUGUCAGUGCACGAUGUAUUCAAUCGUAUGUACCCAGGCGAUAGUUUUCUGAACAAGGAGGGAAGAGACGCUAUUCAAACGGUGCUGAAAUCGUUUGUAGAAUUAGACACUGCACCUGUCAAUCACACUUUGCAAAAUGUUUCGAAGAAUGGUGAGCUAAUGGCGAAUGUCACAAUUUCUGAUGGACGAAAACGAAAUGGCAGCCAAGUAUCGGUACAUUGUGGCAGCGGUAAGAGUGCAGAGACCAUUGAUUACAUAGCGACUGCAUACCAAGAUUCUUCACUAGCUGGCCUUCUACAAAAUCAUGCCAUAGGAGAUAUCUGUGUGAUUGGACCAAAGGGCUGUGGAAAAUCUAUUCUAGUCAAGAGAUUGGCUAAUAUGCUUGGAUACAGCGUUGAACCUAUCGUCCUGUAUCAGGAUAUGACUUCGAGGGAUUUGAUACAGCAAAGGUCGACCUUGGACAAUGGAGACACAAUUUGGAAAAAUGCGCCCUUGAUAACGGCUGCGCUGCAUGGCAGUUUGGCGGUGCUGGAUGGAAUACAUCGACUACACCAUAGCACACUGGCUAUAUUGCACAGGCUAGUCCAAGACAGGGAACUACAGCUGUUCGAUGGGAGACGUAUGUUGAGGCAUGAUAGGUACGAUGAACUUGUCGAAACCCUUGGUGAGGAGAAGGUGAUUAGAUCAGGUCUCCUCAGAAUCCAUCCCUCAUUUCGAAUUGUGGCGUUGGGAGAGCCUUCAGGAAUUGGUGAACAGCAAUGGCUGAAUCCGGAACUGCUGAGUCUGUUCGUUUUUCACGAAGUUCGCUCUCUGUCUAUUGAAGAAGAAAAACAAAUUAUGAUGGCGAAAUUUGGACGUCUGAGUAGCACAGUGCAAGAGGUGCUUAGAGUGGCCAAAGAGUUGAGAUCCUCUACCGACCCCACAAUGCAAUUGUUGGCUAGUUCACUAUCCACCAGGCAGCUUCUACGCAUUGCAAACAGAGAAGCACUCUUUCCCACCAAUGAUGCCUACCAUAUCAUUCAGCAGGCUAUGUUGGCAAAGUUCCUGCCUCCCCUAGCUCGUAACGCUCUAGAAACGGUGCUGCAACGUGCCGGCAUCACGCACAAGUCUUCGCAAGAUCGGGAAUCGUCUGCCGAACAUGUGAAAAUUGAAGUUUUGGAUGAUGGUAGAGUGAAAAUCGGGUCGACGGUGAUGCAAAAGUACAAAACCGAUUCUAGCAGUCAAGUGCCCGAUGUUCUAUUCUAUGAUGUGCCUCAGCACGUGCUAAUCCUGGAGCAGCUGGCACAAUCGUUUGCUGUGGGUUCGCAUCUGCUGCUGGUUGGCAAUCAGGGAGUAGGCAAGAAUAAGCUGGUGGAUAGGCUGCUCAACUUGCUGCAUCGUCCUAGGCAAUACAUCCAGUUGCACAGAGAUACUACUGUCCAGUCACUCACUCUCAAACAGUCGGUGCAAGAUGGCCAAGUGAGGUUUGAAGACUCUCCUCUAGUACAGGCGGUGCGAGGCGGCCAUGUUUUAGUAGUGGAUGAAGCUGACAAGGCGCCUACUCAUGUGACAUGUAUCCUUAAGACACUCGUCGAAAGUGGCGAUAUGGUCUUAUCUGACGGCAGGAGGAUCACAGGAGGUAGUGGUAAAGGAGGAAAAGAAGAAGAAGAAGAAAGAGAAGGAGACAUCAUAGUACAUCCUGAUUUCAGAAUGAUUGUGCUAGCUAAUAGGCCUGGGUUCCCUUUCUUGGGAAACGACUUCUUUGGAGCACUAGGAGACCUAUUCAGCUGCCAUGCAGUGGAUAACCCGACCAUAGAUUCAGAGGCGCUGCUUCUAGCUAGAUAUGGCCCCAAUGUGGACAAAGCACUCAUCUUGAGGCUAGUCAAGGCUUUUUCAAAGUUGAGAAAGUUAGCCGAUGAAGGGAUGGUCGCUUACCCCUAUUCAACUAGGGAGGUGGUCAACAUUGUAAAACAUCUGCAGGCCUACCCCAAUGACACUGUGUCGAAUGCAGUUGGGAAUGUAUUCGAUUUCGAUAAAUACGGCCAGGAUGUGAAGGAUACAUUGCUUCAAGUUCUCAAUGAACAUGAGAUUCCUGUUUCGCUCACACCACAUGCUUCUAGACAAGGCAGAGGAGAUAUCCAGCUGACAGUGAAACGAGACAGUGGUUUAGAUGUAUCAGGUCCAAAGUUUGGAAAAGUAGACGAAAAAGGGGAUCCACAUGUAGGGGGUAAUACAUGGGCUGGGGGUACUGGAGGGAGGGAUACGGCAGGGUUAGGGGGGAAGGGAGGACCCUAUCGGUUGGAUGCUGGGCAUACGGUACAUCAGUUGAGUGACGAAGAAAAAGCGUCGGUUCCUGAACAUGUUAGAAAGGCAGCACAUGAAAUGGCGCAGAAAGCCUUCAAGGAUCGAUUAAAGGAAAUCCAAAUGAGUGAUUUUGAUGCCAAAGUCUACGACCAGUUCUACACUGCUGUUGCCAAACAGAUACAAUCGUUACGUGUUAUCCUCAACAGUGUGCAGGCAAAAACAAAAGAAAGGCAGUGGAACAGACAUCAGACUUCUGGCGAGUUGGAUGACAGUAAAUUGAUAGAAGGAAUAACUGGUGAGAAAAAUAUCUACAGAAGGAGGUCGGAGAAAGACCCAGAAUUCGGAAGUCCUCAAACAAAGCCAAAGAGAAUUAAAUUGGUCGUGGACGUAUCUGGGAGCAUGUACAGGUUCAAUGGGUACGACGGCAGGCUGGACCGUGAAAUGGAAGCAGUGAUUCUGCUGAUGGAGGCAUUGCAGGGCUACGAGUCCAAAUUCCAAUACGACAUCGUCGGCCACUCGGGAGAGGAGGUCGAAAUCAAAUUUGUCUCCCCCACCCAACCUCCCACCAACAACAAGCACAGACUGGAUGUUAUCAAGACAAUGCACGCGCAUGCCCAGUUCUGCCUGUCAGGUGACAACACUCUGGCGGCGACACGACGCGCGAUCGAAGCGACAGAAGCAGUCGCAGCCGACUGCGACCAGGCCAUUGUCAUAGUGCUGAGCGACGCGAACCUGUCGCGCUAUGCGAUUCCCGCCAGAGAUCUGGUCAAGGCCAUGAGCUGUGAUAAUAGCCGAGUCGAGUCUUAUAUUUUGUUCAUUGGUUCCUUAGGAGAUCAAGCUAAGAGACUCACGCAGGCACUACCAGCUGGAAGAGGUUUUAUAUGUAUGGAUGUGACAGAGAUACCAAAUAUUUUACAACAGAUAUUCACAUCUUCACUGUUAAAUUCUCGAUGACAAAUUUAAUUAUUUUUAUCCUAGAAUUAAAUUCACUUGUGUUGGAUUUUUCAUGAAUAUCUAUGAAUCUCAUUCAAUGAAUGGUGACAGUUUGGAGUAAGUCUCACUAUAAAUGCUUGUAUAUCAAAAUGUAGUGACAGUUUGUUGAAGUAAAUCUCACUAAGGGUCGGAUUCCGAGCUCGAGAUUCAGCUGAGUUCUAGACUCUAAACAGCUGGAGUCAGAAAAUUGACUUUCUCAAACAUGGCGUAGUCACAGUUUUUACAAAAAUCUUUAAUUUCUCAUUUCUAUCAUUGGAAACGUUUUUCCUUGUUCCUAAAUAAUUCAAAAUAGCUGAAACUUUACACUAUUUUAUGUUCAAUUUUCUAGUUUUUUUCGAAAUUUAAUUAAAACGUGGACUGCGACUAUGCCCCGCUUCGGAAAGCCAAUUUUCUCACUCCAGCUGUUUAAAGUCUAGAACUUUGCUAAAUCCCGAGCUCGGAAACCGGCCCAUAACUUUCUAUACAAGUAUCUAUAGUGAAAUCCACUUUUAAAUGUCAGAUUCCUUAUAAACGGCAACCAAUGCUGACCGUUUUAAGUGAUUAUAAUAAGCUUACCCGGCGAACUUCGUACCGCCAAAAAGUCAAUGUAUCUCAUGUCACACUUGACUUUAUUUGGUGAAUCAUGAAAUUUAUCUGACAAUCAAUAUUUUUAUUUACAUCUCACAAGACGGACUUCCUAUGUGCUUAGUGAUGCAGCAUUUAUUAUUCCGAAAACAAAUUCUUCUCAAUCAAUUGGUAGUAAUAUCUAUCAGUAAAGUGUUGAAUCAAAAACAAAUAGAUUAAUUCAUUGUUUCAAAGAUUAAUUUGAUGUUUUCAUAGUUGUUGAUUGUCAAUAGAUGGUCCAGUAAAUAUGCGAUGAACGAUGAAUUACUCAGAAUUCAAUUUUUUUUCAUUUUUGUGUAGUUGAGAAGUUGAUAUUGUGGUAAUUAUUCAUAUUGAAUGAAAAAGACUAAGAAAUUGUAAAAAAACCACAGAUUUACCCAUCAUUUCAUAUUCUUUCUAUCUUCCAUUUUAGGAUGAAUAUAAGUUGAGCUAAAUUCAAAGAAAAAAUGUAAAUAUCUGUAAUUUUUCAGUAAUUGAAUGCAAUAUGAACAACUCUCUUUCAGGAGGUGAAUUAUUUUUAUCCAACAUUUUCCAGUUUCUCAAUGAUAGGAGAGUGAUAAUUAUUUGUAUAGGUCUUCUAAGGAACGAUUAUCUACAGCUGGUGCCAAUCAACUACAUAAAUAACUUCAACUCCAAACCACCGUCUUAAGACCAGGGGCCUGUUUCAUAAAAGUUACAAGUCCUGUAAUACAGGAAAAGUUCCUGUAUUACAGGUAAAUUUUAGAAGUUUGUGUUUCAUAAACAAUUUUCCCUGUAGAACAAUUUACAAGACAUUUGCCUGUAUUACAAGUAAAUUAUACGGGACUUUAUCAUAGUUGUGUUUCAUAAAAAGAAACUUCCUGUAUUACUGGACCUGUAAGAUAUUGAAUAGGUAGGAUCUUGAAAAGCGACAUUUUGUUGAAAAGGCAACGUGUUAAAAUGGAUGAGGGUAGUAGUUCUAGUUCUGGUAAAGAUGACUAUGUUAUUAUUCGUAGGCCAAGAAUUUACAAGGACAAAAUUUCUUACAAUAUGAUGCAGGAAACUUAUCAAUAUUAUGAACGGUUUAGAUCAAGCUUUCCUCAAUAAAGCGUUAUUGGAAAUAUUCUAAAAAUGUAUGUCCAUAAUGUUUUUCUAUGUUUUUUAUCAAACAAAUUUAAUGUCGUUAAUUUAAUUAUUAACAUUCGAUAAUUAACUUUUUUGAAACAUUACUACUCACAUAACUAUUAUAAUAAGUUAUGAAAGUUAAGUAGACCUAGUUAUUAUAAUUUCCCAACUAUUUAUCCUUAACAAAGUUAUUUUCCAGCAUGAAUGCAAUCUGUCCAUCGUCAGAAAUUUGAUAAUGUGGAUUUUCCUCCAAAACAACUUAAGUAGCACUUUUUUCAAAUAUUAGGCUCGCUGGCCAAUAAAAACAUUAAUUCAAAAAAAAUAAACUGUAAUACAGGUGAAUAUUACAGGCGAUUUUACAAGUGUGGAAUUAUUUUUAUGAAACACAAUUUUACAGGAUUGAAAAAUUUUAAUUUAUAAGUCCUGUAAUACAUAAGGCCCCAGUACACAACUUAUUACAGGGUGACGUUUUUAUUAUACAGCUGGUAACUUUAGAUGCUAUAUCAGAUUAUCACAAUAUAGGAUCUUGAAUCAUGAUCAACUUUCUGUUCUUUGGUAGCCGCACGGCCAAAAAUUUCGAAAACAUAGGUCUUAAAAUGGAUUAAUAAAUAAUUAUUAUUAGAACCCUAUUAAAAUUUCUGGUCAGAAACCAUCCCCAAUAUUCACACAACAUAAUUAUUCCUAAAGUUUCCUGCCGUUCUGUUGAGUAGUUUUCGAGUCUAUAGGGAAAAAACAAACAAACAUACAUAGAAACAGACAUUCAUUUUUAUAUAUUAUAUAGAUGACUGGAUGAGAGCAACAGGCCUAUCCCAAAACAAAUUUCAUAAACAGUGAAAUUUACAAAAGAUCGGUUAUAUUUUCACUUCCAAGAAUUUGUGUCCAAUUUUAUGUCCAAAGUGAAGAAACUAGAAAUUCCAAUCUAAUGAUUGAUUAUUAAAACAAUAGUUGAAAUCUUCUACUGUUCAAUUCACUUAAAACUGUCAGUAGGCUAUUCAUCAUGAAUGCUUCUCAUUCAACCAGUAUGAAGUAAAUGUCACCAUAGUUAAUUGAUUGCAUAAUAAUAUUGGUAUGUGAUAAUUGUCUUUUUUAUUUAGGGCUACUUUUGAAUAUAAAUAAAAAUAUACAUCUGAGUAGGCCUACCCUUUUAAAUGAUUUCGUCACGACAUGUUUCGGCUACUAAUGCCAUAAAUAUGUAAUAAAUAUGUGAAUUGGAAAUAAUAUAUUAUAUAUUUUUCCAAGCUACUUUCUGUAAGUUUGUGGAGCAAUGUUUUUGUACUAGAUAAAUGUGAAUUGAUGUUAAUAAAAGUUGUUGAAC